UUCUGUUGAUCUGUCAAACUUUUAUUGGCCUAGAUAUUGUAAUUACUGUAUAACAGUAAUAAUGGAGUUUUCAUGGAUGUGUUUUUUGCUCGUGUUUUUUUUCACGAAGAGCAUAUAUCAAGCGUCGCAAAAGCGUAUUCGAAGGAAAUACAAGCGGUAUGGAAUUACAGCGGAGCUACCAUUCAAUCGCGCCAAAGUGUUGAUUAUCGGUGACGCGGGCGCUGGGAAAACGUCAACGCGAAAACGUCUAUGUGGAGACGGAUUCCAAGAGAUCAUGUCUAGAACGGAGGGCAUCGAAAUAACCAAUGUAACUCGCAACUGGAAAAAAAUUAGAUCAUCAGGUGAUGAUUUUGAAAAACUUGCUUCUCAUGUGACUAUAAUGGAACAUUUUGAAACUGAAAACAAAUUUGAGCCACUUUCAUUGCACUCCCGUGGAGAAAUGUUUAUGCAUACACAUUGGUACCAAAGAGUCCUACACGCUGGUUUAGUUAUUAUGCCUACUAUUUUACUGAAUCUUUUUUGGCCUUCAGUACAAAUUUCCCCUAUCAAUUCCGUACGGUUGAAUUUUGCACUGCCCAAAGCUCUGUUAUAUUAUCAGGUUUGUAUUAUGAGUGGAGGAAUUUCUUUUUUCAGAAUGCUAAAACAUUUAGUGAUCGCCAUUUUUGCAUCAAUGAUCGAAAACACUCCAUUUUGUGGACCACUGGUAGGACAGGUUUCAUAUUACGUGUUAAUUUUAUUACUUUAUGAUGGAAUUUUUGUCAAAAUUGCUUCAAGCAUCCUUGUUUUUUACAGGGGAAUUUUACUUGAAAGUGUUCUCAUUAUUAGCAGGGGAAUUUUACUGGGAAUUGCUCUCAUGAUUCAUCAAGAUUUACAUGAACUGCCUAUCGACCAAUUUAGUCAUCAAUAUCAGAAGUUUAUAUUGAAUAGGCAAUCAGAAGUUUUUAUAACAUUUUUUGUUAUUGAAUAUUUAAUUCGCCAUUUUCUUAUAUGUAACUUCUCAAAUAUGGCACAUACUAUUUACCUAAUGGUUUUCAUGGUUCUGAUAAUCGUAACUAAAUCUAACAUUGUUGCUCUCAGUUUAGAGCUUACUGUAUUCCUUCUUCAAAUCUUAUACACCUACUCUUGGAUGAAUACACACACCAUUCAGUUGAUUUCACUGGGGCGCCCAUUGAUAUUUUUUUUACAGAUGCCACAUUUUUUUAUUUUACUUGGAAGUGGAGUAAUCAUUGGGAUUUUAUUUUCCUUGAUAUGGGUAUAUUUUUUAAUAACUGAUUUUAAAAUGAAAAUAUUAGAAGAUAUUAUCAGUAUCGUAGUGUUUAUGGCUUUAGAGAUAUAUUUAUGGAUGAAAGGUGAAACUGACAUCCCCAUGUCACGUUUAAAUGUUGCUGUAGCAGAAUAUGAGUUUGGUUGUUCUCAUGAUCCACCUGAUGAUAAGCGAUGGAUUAUUUGCGAUUUUGCAGGCCAACAAAUAUAUUACGAUACUCAUCACAUAUUUAUUCCAAGACAGGGAGUCUUCCUUGUGGUUUUUGAUGCAAAUAAAUUCAUAAGAAAUAGAAAUAAAAAUUCACGGGGUAUUGUUGAACGUGUCCAAUUUUGGGUUCAGUCGGUAGCAAUCCACGCAAAUAAAGAAAAUUCUGUCGUCUUUUUAAUUGGAACGCAUAAAAACUGUUUAAAUGAUGAACAAUGUACAAUACUAUCUAAGGAACUUGAAGACGAACUUUAUUCACAAUAUGGCCGCCUAUUAAAGUUCAACACAUCCACAGGAAGGAUGGUAUUUUUUAUUGAAAAUGAAAAUGAGGCAGACCCAGAAAGGGCAUUCCUCCAGAUGGUCAUUGAAGAGGAAACAAAUGAACUUCCAUUUGUAAAGAAAAAAUGGCCAAUUAGAUAUCAUCUAUUCCAACGCAUAAUUUCAUCAAAACGUCAACUAAAUAAAUAUGUUAUCAAAAAAAGUUCACUAAGAGAAGACAUUGUUAAGCAGUGCAAACUUGAAGUAGAAUUAGAAGGAAGUGAAGAUGAACUAGGAAAAUUGGCACAAGAACAUGGAAAAAGCAAGAAAAAUAUAGAAGAGGCAAAAAGAAUAGAAGUCGGUAACAUUCUUGCAUUCUUCAAUCGUUCUGGUGACAUAUUUUAUGAACCUUUAAAAGCUGACAAUGAUGAUUAUGUAAUCACUGAUCUUCAAAUACUUGUGGAUGUGGUUAGAAUGUUGGUAAAUAUACCCCCGCGACAUGAAAGAGAACGGGCCUUUGCCGAACAAUGGGAUGUCUUGGAAGAAUAUGGUAUUGUUGAAAGGCAAUUUUUAAUGCAUAUCUUCCAUCAAUUUAACAUUGAGGACAAAUAUACUGACAUGAUGAUAGAUGUUUUGAUAAGAAAAGAGAUUUUGUUGGCAUGUGGUGAGCAUAAGUUCCGUCUUAUGUGUAAACUCCCUGAAUGCGAAGUAUCAGAAAUUGAGCCAACAGGGAUAUCAGUUGUAUUGUAUGCAACAUUUAAAGUCUUUCGUGCUGAGUAUGUCUUCUUGCAUCUCCUUCCAAGGUUAGACAACAUACAGCAAGACAGGACCUUUCAUAAUGCAGCUGAGUUUAAAGAAAGUAGCAAGUGUCGAUAUGUCAUACGUGUACGGAAAGCAAAUGAGAAAGGUCCCAGAUUCAAAAUAUUUGAAAGUGAUGUGCUAAAAAUAUUGAUAAAGUGCGAAGACCCUUUUAGUGCACUGAAUGUAGCAUUCAAAAUCAAAGCAGAAAUAGAGCAGAUUUUUGUUUCGACUCGUGGUACAAAAGCAAAUGAUAAUCUAAUCAACUUUGGACACUUGUGUAUGGAUUGUGGUGCCUUGCUUACCACCUCUCUUGAUCUUGGUAAAGAAGUACAAAAAAUAGUGCCAGACAUCUUCCACACUGUUGAAGUAACCAAGGAAAAGAUAAUUGUGACAUGCACAUGCAAGAAAAAACAAGACUAGACAUUCGUGAAAUGGAUGAUGAAACAUUGUGGUCACACCUGAAAAACAACAAUGAAUGUGACUAGCUUAUUUUCUGCUGUUUUGCAAUGUUUUUGUUAUUUAAUUCUACUUAUGAGGUAUACAUUUUAUGAUUUGCCAAACCCCCCCACCUCCUCCCUUUUUUUUCUUUUUUGCUUUACAGUACUUACUGCAAUUAAACAUUGAUUUACUUUUUUGAUAUCGUUAUUAAUAUGAUUGUUAUAUCACUCUUUUAAAAAAAAAGAAAAUUGAUGAGGGAGAUUUUAUAGUUUUUUGAAGAAAAUGUAUUUGAAGUCACAAAAUUGCAUUGUAUUUUUAUGCUGUUAAAAUAAUUGAUGCGGCAAAAAAAAUUUUUUUUUUUAAUUCCGCAUCAAUAUUUACAGUACCAAAUUUUUGAUACGGGCGGGAGUGAUAAUCUAAUAAAUUUUUCAAUUUGCCCUUAGCCUAUAUUUUUGUAAAUAUCAUGUAAUUCAGAAUUGGCUGUGAUUUUGAUGUAAAUAAAAGGAACUAAACUAUUAAUAUACUUAAUAAUGUUUAUUAAAUUAUGUUUAGUUAUUACAUUUAUAAUUUGUUAAUCCAUGUAAUUGUAUUUAGUUUGGUUACUUUUAAAGUUAAUCAAUAGAUAGUUUCUGUAUAUAAGUCAAUAAAGCACAGGAAUUGCUACAGAUUUUGAGAUGUUAAGCCAGGUACUUCCUGCACGUAACGGUCAUCGGCUGACGCCAUUCUAUUGGGAAAACAACGCCAAAACAUGCGUGCAAUGGAUCGUUUUUAUUGACAAUGCAUUCAGACUGACACUGACAACAUUGCAUCUUCUAGCGCUCAUAGGAACAGAUUUGCAUUCGUCCUACGACACAAUAGUGAUUGUCCAGCUUAACUUUGCUAGACAUGAAAGAAUAACAAUUUUUGUUGUCUUACUCCGGUAACAAAAUUAUAAUUACAAUAAUUAAGAGCAAGUUCUUCAUAAAUAGACAAAUGAAAGUGUGAAAACAUUUUUUUUUAUUCAAUUGGUUAUUUCUACCAAAUUUUUGAAGAGCAAGCAGAAAAAAAAAGCACUUGUAAAAUAGAAUAAGUAGGAUGUAUAAUACAUAAUAAGCUCUAACAUGAAAACUUCACGAAGCAAGUA